AUUUCUCUCGCCAUCGUCGCCGCCAUCUUCUCUUCUUCCCAUUCCAUCCCAUCCCACAUCCCUCCGAGGCAUCACUUGCUUAUUCGUCUUACUCCGGCCCUGUCCCCCGGAUCCUAAUCCUUUUUGUAUAAUACCUGCGCCUACCACUUCGUGCCCGCCUGUGGUGUAGCGGUUCCUCACUCAAUCCUUCCGCAGCAGCCGCCUCUAUCUCCAUACAGCCAGUCACAUCUGUCACAAUGUUGGCUUCGCGCUUAUCCAGAGCUCUCCCUCGAGCAGCUUCCACAGCUCCCCGAUGGGCCGCCCCCUUGAGGAAGCCCCUGGGCGCUACAUUCGCUCGAUAUGAGUCUACAGAAGGUAAAGUUCAGGGUGCCGUUAUUGGUAUCGAUUUAGGUACAACAAACUCGGCUGUUGCCAUAAUGGAGGGCAAGACCCCUAGGAUCAUCGAGAACUCGGAAGGUGCUCGAACCACACCUUCAGUUGUCGCUUUCGCACAAGACGGCGAGCGAUUGGUCGGUGUCGCUGCCAAGCGUCAGGCCGUCGUAAACCCAGAAAACACCCUCUUUGCCACCAAGCGAUUGAUAGGCCGAAAGUUCACCGACGCCGAGGUUCAGAGAGAUAUCAAAGAAGUACCAUACAAAAUUGUCCAGCACAGCAAUGGCGAUGCUUGGGUUGAGGCUCGCGGCCAGAAGUACUCACCUUCGCAAAUUGGUGGUUUCGUUUUGAACAAGAUGAAAGAAACCGCUGAGUCAUACUUGAGCAAGCCCGUCAAGAAUGCUGUCGUUACCGUUCCUGCCUACUUCAACGACUCGCAGCGUCAAGCCACCAAGGAUGCCGGUCAAAUUGCCGGUCUUAAUGUCCUUCGUGUUGUCAACGAGCCAACUGCUGCCGCUCUGGCCUACGGUCUUGAGAAGGAGGCUGACCGAGUUGUCGCCGUCUACGAUUUGGGCGGUGGUACUUUCGAUAUCUCUGUUCUAGAAAUCCAGAACGGUGUAUUCGAGGUCAAGUCUACCAAUGGUGAUACACACUUGGGUGGUGAGGACUUCGAUAUUCGCUUGGUGCGCCACCUAGUUCAGCAGUUCAAGACCGAAUCUGGCAUCGAUCUGUCUAGCGACAGGAUGGCUAUUCAGAGAAUCCGUGAGGCUGCUGAAAAGGCUAAGAUUGAGCUUUCAUCCUCUCUUCAGACCGAUAUCAGCUUGCCUUUCAUCACUGCUGAUGCUUCUGGCCCCAAGCACAUUAACACCAAGCUCACCCGCUCUCAACUAGAAAACAUGAUGGACCCCCUCAUCACCAAGACCGUGGAGCCCGUUCGCAAGGCACUGAAGGAUGCCGGCCUCCAGGCCAAGGACAUCCAGGAGGUUAUUCUAGUUGGUGGUAUGACUCGUAUGCCCAAGGUUACAGAGUCCGUCAAGAGCAUCUUUGGCCGUGAGCCUGCCAAAUCAGUUAACCCUGACGAGGCUGUUGCCAUGGGUGCUGCUAUUCAAGGUGCUGUUCUCUCUGGCGAGGUCAAGGACCUUCUUCUUCUCGACGUCACGCCUCUGUCCCUUGGUAUUGAGACUCUAGGUGGCGUCUUCACCCGCUUGAUCAACCGCAACACCACGAUUCCUACCAAGAAGUCUCAAGUGUUCUCUACCGCUGCCGACUUCCAGACUGCUGUCGAGAUUAAGGUCUACCAGGGCGAGCGUGAGCUUGUCAAGGACAACAAGCUCCUCGGCAACUUCCAGCUUGUUGGUAUCCCCCCUGCGCAUCGUGGUGUUCCUCAAGUCGAAGUCACUUUCGAUAUCGAUGCCGACUCUAUUGUCCACGUCCACGCUAAGGACAAGAGCACCAACAAGGACCAGUCGAUCACCAUUGCCUCUGGCUCUGGUCUCUCCGAGUCUGAAAUUGAGCAGAUGGUUCAGGAUUCCGAGAAGUAUGCAGAGUCGGAUAAGGAGCGCAAGAACGCCAUUGAGGCUGCCAACCGCGCUGACAGCGUUUUGAAUGAUACUGAGAAGGCCCUGGGCGAAUAUGCCAGCAAGCUUGACAAGACAGAGGCUGAUGGUAUUCGGGAGAAAAUCAGCUCCCUCCGUGAGUUCGUCUCCCAGAGCCAGUCUGGAGAGAACACUGCCACGGCUGAGGAAAUCAAGGCCAAGGCGGAUGACUUGCAAACGGCCAGCUUGAACCUCUUCGACAAGAUUCACAAGGCUCAGGCUGAGGAAGGUGAGCAGUCGAGCUCAUCAGAAGCCAAGCCCGAUGCAGAAGCCAAGCCUGAGGAUGAGAAGAAGCCGUAAGGUGGCGCUACCAUAUUCUUUGUUUCAAGAAAUGUUUCUAUUAUCAUGUCAAGCGGGGGAGGCUGAGCUUACCGUCCUGUACAUCUAUCUGUACUCAUAUUUGCGAUUUGUUUAUUCCCCGAUUCCCCAUGACGAAGAUCAUGUUCAUCAUGCUACAUUAUAUGCGGCGGCAGGGGCGUUUUGAGAUAAAGGAAAACACACUCGGCCUACAGGUUUUGGCGGGUCAGAGGCUUUUACGGUGCUCUGUGAUGAUGACUUAGCAUAGGAAAUGGUCGGCUCAUCGAAUUCGAGCGCUGUAUAUAACGUGUUUUAUGUAAAGCAACCAAGAAAACUUAAUAACAUCGCCUCUCAAGAGAAUACUUUUGAACACA